AACCAGCUCAAAGGAUGAAAGUGUUGCCCAAUCGGUAUGCUUUGUGUUGCUUGAGAUUUGACAUAGAAAGAAAGUAUGAAAGAGAAAUGGAACUUGCAAGAUGUACAACAAAUAGGCUGAUCAUGACCAAUAUGUGAAGGUUGAAUGCAUAAGAAUAAAAGAUUAAAAGUUAUAUUUGCAUGCUUUUAAUUUCACUUGCUAGUCUCCACGGUCUAUCGUCUGAUCUAACUCUAGAGAUUUUUCGCGCGGUUUAUUAUUUUCACUAAUAACCCGAUUAUUAUUGUUAUUGGUUUGAUAAAUUGCAAGCCAUGUUGCACCAUCUGUAUGCGUCUGAAAAGAAAAUCAGUGAGGAUUUCAAUCAUCACCUAAAUUAGUUAAAUUUUUGUACCAAAACCUUAUUAAUCAAUUUCUCCUGCUCACAUUCCCUUGAUCAAUGUUUCAAUGAUCUUAGCAGGCUACUUGUACAUCUACAUGCUUGGAUAGUGAAUAGUGAUUCUCAGUAUCAUCUCCUAAGCCCAUGAUGAGUUCUUCUUCAAGAGAACUUCAGAAGGUACAAUGCAUCAGACGGAGAAGUCAUUUGAGCCUAUGGUGGCGGUAGAGAGUAAAACAUGGCAUCCUCCCAUUCUCUUCUUAUAUGAUCUGGAGGUGAAAAGGGCAUUCGUCAAAAAUGGCAAACGAUUUCGCCCACAGGAUGAUACUGACCAGAAACAAAAACAAACUCUCUCUGUCAAAGAGGUCGUUUUGAGUUUUGGGAAUUUAUAACCUCCACCCUAUAUUUGUCACGAGAAUGAGAGGUGCAUCCAAGUUUUCAGGAAGGUACAAGUUGAGAGUCCCUUGUACAGCCUCUCAACGCACUGUCAAUCCCCUCCCCUUCCCCUUCCUCCAUAUAACACCCUGUCCAUAUCCCCACCCCACCUCCUAUAAGCAGCCUUGGGCCUGACCAAGGUGGUUUCCAAUGGGUACCCGUGUCAACAUGAUGGCCUCGGGCUGCUUCCUCCUCCUCUCCCUCCUCCUCUCCUCCCUCUCCACCCUCUCCCUCGCCCUCUCCGAUGCCGAGGCGUCCUACAUUGCCCGCCGACAGCUCUUGUCGCUCAAGGAGAAUGAUGAUCUCCCCCAGGACUUCGAGUACGAGGUCGACAUCAAGGUGACUUUCGCGAACCAGAGGCUUCGGAGGGCCUAUAUCGCCCUCCAGGCUUGGAAGAAGGCCAUGUACUCGGACCCUUUCAAUACGACUGGGAACUGGGUCGGCCCUCACGUGUGCGCCUACAAUGGAGUGUUUUGCGCCCCGGCACUCGAUGACCCUUCGUUGAGCGUCGUCGCCGGCGUUGAUCUGAACCACGCCGACAUCGCCGGGUACCUCCCCGCGGAGUUGGGCUUGUUGACGGACAGCGCCCUCUUCCACCUUAACUCGAACCGCUUCUGUGGGAUCAUCCCGAAGAGCUUCUCCAAGCUCCAAUUGAUGCACGAAUUCGACGUGAGUAACAACCGCUUCGUCGGUCUGUUCCCAGAGGUCGUUCUCUCGUGGCCUGGUGUCAAGUAUCUCGAUCUCAGGUUCAAUGACUUCGAAGGGAAAUUGCCUCCGGAGCUUUUCUUGAAGGACUUGGACGCAUUGUUCCUGAACAACAACAGAUUCACCUCGACCAUCCCGGACACGAUAGGCAAAUUCCCGGCAUCAGCGGUGACAUUUGGCCACAACAAGUUCACCGGUUGCAUCCCUCGUACCAUCGGCAACAUGACCAACUUGAAUGAGAUCGUCUUCUUGAAGAAUGAGUUAGGCGGUUGCUUCCCUGAAGAGAUUGGGUUGCUCGACAAAAUGACGCUAUUCGACGCCAGUCACAAUUCAUUUGUCGGUACCUUGCCGGAGAGCUUUUCGAGCUUGGACACCGUUGAGGUUUUGGAGGUUGCCCACAACAAGCUGACAGGCUUGGUGUCCGAGAAGAUUUGCAAGUUGCCAACUCUCCUGAACUUCACAUUCUCGGACAACUACUUCACCAAGGAGGACGAGGCCUGUGUUCCUUCUUCGCACGCGGAGGUGGCAUUGGACGACGGCAGCAAUUGUUUGCCCAACAGGCCGAGACAGAAGCUGCCGAAGACAUGCUUCCCAGUCGUGAGCAAGCCCGUCGAUUGCAGCAAGGACAAGUGCAGAGGCGGAUCCUCGUCCCCGUCAUCGUCGUCCCCGGGCAGCAGAACGCGUCCCCCGGCCCCGAAGCCUCCUGUCCAGUCUCCACCCGAAACCAAGUCACCAUCACCAUCACCUCCUAAACAAACACCAACAACACCUACGCCUUCGGCUCCUACACCUUCGACGCCGAAAUCACAAACCCCCCCACCUUCAUCAUCCCCGACGCCGAAGUCACCUUCGGGCUCUUUCGCUUCUCCGCCCAAGUCUUCGGUGCCUAGCCAACCCAAGCAACCUCCGGCUUCCGCUCCAUCACCUACAGAUAAUGGAUCAAUCCCUCGUGUUAGGCCACCGAGAGCGGCUCCCCAACCAGCCCCAUCAUCAAAACCUACACCUGAGCCGGGUCAUGGACCUUCUCCUCCCAAGUCUGGAGGCCGUGCAUAUUCUCCACCUCCACCGGCCUACUCGCCUCCGCCUCCGCCGGUCCAAUCUCCACCCCCACCGCCACCAGUCUACUCUCCACCACCGCCACCACCGGUCCACUCCCCACCGCCUCCCUCACCGACUCCUUCGCCACCUCCGCCGGUCCACUCUCCACCGCCUCCAUCACCGUCUCCUUCCCCGCCUCCACCCGUGCACUCUCCACCACCGCCCGUCCACUCCCCACCACCACCCGUCCACUCUCCUCCUCCACCACCGGUGUUCUCCCCCCCACCACCGCCCGUCCACUCUCCUCCGCCCCCUGUCUACUCACCGCCGCCGCCGCCACCACCAGUCCACUCUCCACCACCCCCCGUCUACUCCCCUCCACCCCCUGUCCAUUCCCCACCACCACCUGUACAUUCUCCUCCCCCACCGGUUCAUUCCCCACCGCCACCGCCACCCGUCCCCUCUCCUCCCCCACCAGUCCACUCCCCACCACCACCAGUCCACUCUCCUCCACCACCUGUCCAUUCCCCGCCACCACCGGUCUUCUCCCCCCCACCACCAGUGCACUCCCCGCCUCCGCCGGUCAGCUCGCCACCGCCUCCGGUCUUCUCUCCACCUCCUCCGGCAGCCCAAUCUCCCCCACCACCGAGCUACGACGACAUCAUCCUGCCACCAACAUUUGGAUCUCAAUACUCCUCCCCGCCACCUCCAAUGUUCCCGGGAUACUAAAUAUUCUACCAUUGAUGUAUUUUUGGCUAUCUUCUCUGUCGUGAUGUUAAGUCUCAGAGAAAAAUCUACACGUUCAUUUUAUAGUGGAGAUUGAAAAUAACUAUGGUCGCAUUUUUUUUU